AUGACUACUAACGCACCUAACGCAUCUGUAGAGCAACAACAGGAGAGCUGUGCGGGCUUGCUGGUUGUUCAGCCGGACGGAAAGUCCGCCGGUGCCACGUGCGUGGGCUUGCGCAGCGCCUUCCACCAAGGCAUCGACCUGGCCGCCUGGCACGCUGCCGAGCGCCCCACCAUUCCGCCAGGCGAGCUGCUGACGGCUGCCUGCCUGGGCCGCAGCGUCUUCGACGCCCACAAGGCGGACGGGGACGCGCCGCCGCUGUGCAUUGGCGUCGAGUGGCUGCGGUACAGCCACGCGGAGAUGCGCCAGCAGCAGGAACAGCAGCAGCAGCAGCAGCAGCCCGCCUCGGUUGGUGAGCGAACGGGGAUGCGGUUGCCAGGCGCCGGGGCCACCCUGCACGACACGUCCGCCGGUGAGCCCACGCCCACUGCAUGCGCGCCUAUGCUGUCUGGAGGCAGCGGCACCGGCGGUACGGAGAAGGGCAGCCGGGACAGCGACCCAGCCGGCGCGGCGGCGGCGGCAGCCAGGGCGCAGCGGCUGGCCAGGGAGGCUGUGGGCGGCUACUUUGGGGACCAGGACCCCCUGUGGUUCGCCAGGCGCUUUGCGGAGCGCGCCCAGAUCAAUGCGGACGCCAUGCAGCGCACGGCCCUGCAGCUCGCGGCGGCGUUCAUGGGGCGGCUGCCCCCAGAGGGCUGCGACGAAUGA